CAUUGCCAUUUUAGACGAUGUGAUCCAAGUAAAAAGUUGUAUGUUUAUUUUAAGUUCAUUUUCAUUCUAUUGCUAUUAUGAUUAAUAUUGAAAAGUUGGAGAAAAAAUGGAAGCUUCUUGAAGAUGAAGCUCCACGUAUUAAAGGACCUAUUACACAUUUUAAUCCGCUUCUUGAACCACCAGAUUGGUAUGAUGUUGAACGAUUUAAACGAUCACAGAAAUUGGCCAGAAAAUAUUUUUUAAGUUUGAAUAUUGCACAUUUUAUCGGCAAUAUUUUAUUGAUUCAUCUACCUGAUGUACUUGUUCCGGUUAUUGCUACUGGUAAUUCUUCAACACCAUUCCGUGUAUUCAUGCGAAUCUUAUCGACUGUCAUUCAUAUUUUAUCAUGGUACGAUGAAGAUCCAUUUGAUGCGACAACCAAAACACAUCAAUCAAUGAUCACUGUACGUCGUAAUUGUCAUAUGGCCGUUUCACGAUUAAUGAAUAAUAAAUAUCCACGACCCAAUCGAUAUUGGUUAAGUCAAUUUGAUAUGGCCAUGACACAAUGGUCACUAAUUGGUAUUGUUGGUAUCCGACCGAAUCAAUGUGCAUUCUUUGGUACAACUGAAAAAGAAUUUGAAGAAUAUUUCUAUUUCUGGCGUGUAAUCGGUUAUUGUGUUGGCAUUGAAGAUCGUUUCAACAUCUGUUUUGGUGUUGAAGGCUAUGAAGAAACAAGAGAAUUUCUUGACAUUUGUUUUCAACGAUGCUAUAAAGUACAUUUGGAUAAACAAAGUGCACCGGUUGUAAUGGGCAUGAAUCUUACUGAAGGUGUUUUCUUGGCACUUGAAGGAGCUGCACCAAGAUUUUUAAUUUGUUAUGAAAGUUUCAUGAAAUAUUGGUACGAUACAUUGGGUGUACGACAUCCAAUCAAAUUAGAUACAUUCGAAAGAAAAUUAAAUUAUGCUAUUUUCAUAUUCGUAAUGGAAUAUGUAUUACGAAUACGAUUAUUUUACAUUAUAUUUUCAUGGUUAUUUUUCUAUUUGCAACAAAGAUUGUUUGGCCAAAUUGAACAGGUGAGAAAACAUUGUGAACAACAUUAUGUAAAUAUAAAAUAUCAACUUGAUAGUGAAUAUUUUGAUUACAAUGAUCAACAACAACAACAACAACAACAACAGCGAAAUCAUAUGGAUUUAGAUAUAAACGAAAAUCCAAUCGAUUCUAUUGAUGAUGAAUCGUGCAAAAAAGAAUCCAUAUCGGAUAAAAAAUAUUAUGAAAUUGAUAACUAUUUUUAUCGGCCAAAUGUCAAAGAAUAAUAAAUUUUCAGAAUUUCAAUACAAACAAAACAAAACAACAACAACAAC